GGGGGAUUUGGACUAAGCAAAAGGUGUACGUGCGGGCAAGCAAUUGAGAGGCUGGUUUGGCCAGGGGAUCAGUCUGUGGUGCAGGGGCUUGCCUAGCGUCCGUUGUUCGUGCGGUGCCUGAUUGUGACCCUGAUUGUUGACGGGAGCUCCGGCCAACACUGGGGCCAACACUGGGGUUGGCUUCAACCGAAAGGAGACGGAAGAAGCUCUGCCAAGAUGGGCAAGUCUAAAGCACCUAAAACAGAGCCCACUGACGCGGAGCCGCCAACCAAAAGUGCCAAGACAGAGGCCAGUGCAGAUGGCGUCAACACUGCGUUUCCCGCAGCGCCGCUCUGGCGAAUUAUGCGUGGGCUCGUACCCAACAUGUUGAUUGCUUCGGAUGCACCCAUCCUCAUGUCCCAGGCUCUGGAAAUGUUUGUUGAGUAUUUGUCCAAAGCCGUGCACAAAGCCGAGCCGAACAUGUUGAUGCAGUAUGAUGAUGUGGCCAAGGCUGUAGCAGGCGAUGCCCAGCUCUCUUUCUUGCGAGACAUGAUCCCGCAGCGUGUGGCUUACGGCAAGGUUGCCAAGGACUUGGCGCGACAGCGCCGCAAGGACGCCGGCUUGGUCCAACUCAAGAAGGCACUCAAGGCUGGAAUGGAAAAUGCUGCUCCAAAGGGCAAGGCUGACCGAAAGACCAAGAAAUCUGCCGACGAAAAUGAUGAAGACGAGGGCGAGGAUGAGGAGGAUGAGGAGGAUGAGGAUGCGGAAGAUGCGGAAGAUGGUGACGAUGCGGAGGAUGAUGAGGACGACGAGGAUGGUGAGGAGGACGAGGAUGGUGAGGACAACGAGGACGACGCAGCUUCUGCCUCAACGAGCGCGGCAGAAGAAGAAGAGGAAGAGGAAGAGGAAGAGGAAGAAGAAGCAGAGGAUGACAAUGAGGAGGACGAAGAUGAACAAGGAGAAGCAAGCGGCGAUUCAGACUCUGGUGACGAACUUUCAUCGAGUGGUGAAGCAGGUCAAGAUCAGAAUUCUGACGCAGCCGAGUGACUGUACACCAAAAAGUACGGCGGUGCCGUUCAAGAUGUUGUAACUCCUUCAAAAUAAAAUCGAAU